AUGGCACAUCAACGAUCACCGCCUCAAGCUUGUCUCAAAUUGAUCGCUCAGGAUAAAAUUUUCCCCCUUACAAGAGGGAAUAUCGACAAGUUGCGGGAAGUGCGGGAGAAGGUCGUCCGAAACGUGAGUCUACAAGCAGCGACAUAUGAGAGUGUAGUAACCCCCUUAGCGGACGCACAACACGCGAUCGAGGAUAGCUAUGGAGUGAUCGGGAUGCUGAAAUAUGCUGCGCCCGACGAUCGCACCCGACAAGCCUCAAAAGAGGCAAAUCACCUAUGGGAUCAAGCGUGGAGCGAAUUCAAUAACGACCACGACGUCUAUCUCUUACUGCAAGCGGUCAAGGACAGGAAUAUGCACCUGGAAGCCGAGCAUGCAAAAUAUCUCGACGAGCUGCUAGCAAACUUCCUUCGAUGUGGCUUCCGCUUCGACAUGACCGUGCACGACCUCCCCACACCCGAGUCCUGUCACGCCCUAGAUCCUACUCAACUCUACGCCGAUUUCGAAACACGCCUCGAAUUCCUUUCCGUAUCUGAUCCAAAAGAACUUGGAUACCCGUAUGCGAGCACGUUCCACCUUCUCGCGGGCUACGAUGCUGGGUAUUACGGCUAUCUGAGCGCGCAGGUGUUUGGUGCAGACUUGUUCGGAAUUUUUGGGGAGGAUGCCGGGAACGGAGGCGAUGAUUUUUUCGUGCGCUGUGAGUGA